GGAUUAUGUGAAACGUAAAGGAAACAUUGAGUGGAGUAAUUUUUUUGUUCUUCACGCAAAAAUUACAAUAAUUUUUAAAAAUUGCGAAUUUCUAGAAUUUUUAUAGAUUUUAAGGGUACCUCGGGGGCACAUCUUCAUCGCCUGAUUAAGGAGCUACAGUGUCGGUGUUGGAAAGUCAUGAGUUUCUUGUUCGGAAGCAGAUCCAGUAAGACUUUUAAGCCGAAAAAGAACAUUCCCGAGGGGACACAUCAGUAUGACUUGAUGAAGCAUGCUGCAGCAACUCUGGGAUCUGGCAAUCUCCGUAAUGCUGUAGCACUUCCAGAUGGCGAGGAUCUCAAUGAAUGGGUGGCUGUUAACACUGUGGAUUUCUUCAAUCAAAUCAACAUGCUUUACGGGACUGUGACGGAAUUUUGUACGGAAGAGAAUUGUGGGGUGAUGUCGGCGGGUCCCAAAUACGAAUACCACUGGGCAGAUGGGCAGACGGUGAAGAAGCCAAUAAAGUGCAGUGCCCCCAAAUAUAUAGACUACCUGAUGACGUGGGUGCAGGAUCAGCUGGACGACGAGACGCUCUUCCCAUCGAAAAUUGGAGUUCCCUUCCCAAAGAAUUUUCUGACCAUCGCCAAGACGAUACUUAAGCGACUAUUCCGCGUGUAUGCCCACAUCUACCAUCAGCAUUUCUCGGAAGUGGUACGACUGGGCGAGGAGGCACACCUCAAUACAUCCUUCAAGCACUUUAUCUUCUUCGUGCAGGAGUUCAAUCUAAUCGACCGGCGCGAACUUGCACCCCUGCAGGAGUUAAUUGAUAAAUUAACAGCAAAAGAUGGUACUGGGAGGCAAAUGUAGAGCUUUCAUCAUCUCUAUAAAAUAUCUUAUUUAAGGUACAUUUAGAUAUUAUCAUUUUUCUUUUUCAUAAAAUACAUAUAAAACACUAUUUUAUAGAAGAUUCCACAAUUUAUUGAAGAGAAAGAAAAAAGAAAACUUCUUUUUGACUUUAUUUUGACUUUCUUGGGUGAAAAGUGAUUUGUGUUUCUCAAUCAGACUCAAUCAAACAGGGUAGCUAAAAUUAAGAAUGUUUGACGCAAUCGAACGCGCUUUAUAAAAUUGGCGAGAGAGAUAUUUUUGUACAUAUAGAAACGGUGAGAGGUUCCAGGAUGAGCAAUCACUGUAUCUGCCUGCUGCUGGCGUAUCAGGAGGAUUUUUCGCGUGCGCGCGUGUGGGUGGGGGUAGGAAUGAAAAAAAAAUUGAUUAACAUAUUGGCGUUUAAGAAAUUUUUAGGACAAAGAAAUUUUAAUAAAGGUGCACCAGUCGCUUUUCGCCUCUAAUAAGCUGAAACUUAUCAUGACAAAAGGUUCAACUUUUCUUCUUUUUAAAAGAAAAUACGUUUAAUAGCCAAAAUCUCUCGAAAAAAAAAUAUGUGUAAAUCGAGAGAAACAUCACGAAAAAAUUGCUGAAAAUUUUUAAAAUUAAAAAUUAAUCUUCCAACAUUUAAAAGAGAAAAAUAAAACCAUCAAAUGUCGAGUCACAGAGAGUUGCCUUAUCUUCGAGAUACAGAGAGAUAGAGAGAUAAAAAGGACAUUUUGAGAGGACAAUUAAAUGUAUAUCGUUGCCCUCGAAAGAUGGUGAAAAAAAUUGUACAGAGAUCGGAAAUAUUUUGAAUACAUUUUCCACGUGAAAUAUUCUCAUAAAUCCACGUAGAUUUUUUAGCAUUCGAUAGACUCGAUUUGUAGAGGAUAUUUGCAAAAAAAAAAACGUCAAAAGAAUUUAUUUCUUUCGCAAUUUUAUGUGUCCUAUUUUUUACCACCUGCAUUAAGUUAGAGACUUCUUGUUACUUCCAAAAUGUGAAUUUCUCGUUCAAGAUGCUUCGUUUUUGGGAAUAGUAAGAAUAACUUUCUUAUUAGAUUUUUGUGUAUACUUGAAAAUAAACUAUUUGCUUAUAAUAAA